AUGGGCGCGAUGCCCUUUUUCAAGCCGCGAGAGGGGAGGCUCUCCUCUGAUCCCUCCGAGUGGCUCAAGGGCGGCCCCUGGGCCGGCACGCGCUACGAGGCGCGCGUCGCGAACGCCAACGACCCCGCCGCGGCCUCCGCGCCGCUUUCGGCAGUCGAGGAGUCGCCGCUCUCCGCCUUUUUGCCGCCGGCCGUGCUCGCAGGCCACGAGCUUGUGCUGCUGCCGGAUCAGAUGUAUGCGGUGAUACCCUCGGCCGUGCCUUUUUGCGAGGGCGCGGGCGCGGGCGGGGAGGAGUUCGUGUUUGAAUUCGGGGGCCUGAUGCGCGAGGGCCGCGGGCUGCGGCGCGUGCGGGCGACGUACGCGCCGGGCGGCCGCGCGUCGGCGUUCAGCUUCGAGGCGCUCGGGCCGGCGUGA